AUGCCAGCGAUCUCCAGCUCUGCUCUCCCGUACCCUUCGCAGCGCGUUGUCGUAUUGCGCCAUGGCGAGCGGCGCGAUAGCGUCCCUGAUGCGCCAGCCGAGUCUAACCCGCCUUUGUCAGAGGCUGGCGUGGCUGCCAUAAAGGCACUCGCAGCUCGUCUCCAGCACCAUCUCGGCAAAGAUGCAGCCCGCUCUGCUGCCCUCGUUGUUUCGCCGUUUCGUCGCACGUUGCAGACAGCAGAGGCGCUGCAGCACCACGGCAUUGGAGCGGCGCAUUCCAUGGUGAUUGACAACACCCUAUCCGAGGUGUUCGGCCCAAUCCGUGUCAACACAUCACGUGCACCGAAGCUGCCGAUACCGUCGAAGUCAUGCGUCGUGGGGCAGCUACCCGCGUGGGGGGAGUCCAUCGAAAUGGCGGCGGAGCGGUACGUCGCCAGCUUUCUACGAAACGGUGACUUAUACGGCGGACUUAUGACGGCUACCAGCUCCCUCAAAGAUGCGGCUAGCACGAGUGGAGAGGAUUUGCCGACUGCAAACGAUGCCGCCGUCCCAGAAGCCGUCACAAACCGGAAAGUGAGCCGGCUGCCGCCGCGCAACACGUCAUCGAAAUCGGUGGCGAGCGGUAAAGAGAAACGCUCGAGCACGCUGUCGGAAUCCUCACCUCGCGACGUUAUUCUCGUCACUCACGGCGACGCGCUGGCCUCUGUCCUCUCGCAUUUCUACCCCGCCCGCGUCGUCUACGAGACGGAUUUUUUGUCGUUUGUAAUCAUGCGGCGCUACGGUGUUGGCAACCAGGUGUACCACCUGGAAAAAUCGGAGGGGGUGAACUGGCUCGUAGAAGGCGCGGAUGCAGAGCCACGGGACCCGAUCUUGCUUAUCGUAGAGAAGCAGCGUUGCGCCGCGGAGGGCAGCAGCGGCAGCGGGUAUGGCAAUGGUGGCGAAGACGAGUGCGCCAGCUUUGAAGACGAAGUCGUGGAAGUAGACAACGCUGCGGAUGUGCCGUUAAGCCUCGCUGGCGGUCGCGUGCGGCUAAGGCAGAGCGGUGAUUUUCCUGACAAACCGCACGCGAAUCUCCGUGUGUCGUCUGCUACAGGAAGUCGCAUGGAGGUGGUGUCCCCGGUUUAUGCAGCAAACCCGCUCGCGCCCCCGACCAGGCUGCCCGCAAGCGCCACCUCAAAAAGCAGAGACCCCAGGUGCAGCUCUUCGGGCCUUCCGACACAGGUGGGCACGCCUCCGCAGCCGCCACCACAAAUGUCGACGUCUGCGAGCCAUCACCACGGCCACAUGCCCGGCAGUGCGUCGCACAAUCGCUCCAGCGGUCAGUCCCGGUCUACCGCCGCUGCAACCACUUCUGCACCUGCUCACUCUUAUCGGCCCAGUGAGUACCCAAAAGCCGGCGAAGGCUGUGAAAGGAUCCGCUUGCCCACCGGAACACCCGCGCAGUCUUCGAUCAACUCAGUCACUAUUAACAAUUAUGGGCGGAACCUAGGUGAAUGUGCAGACGACACGGAGGCCGUUGGAAUUGGCAACGGCAGCCUUCAGAGCACGGAAGGCAGAAUGCCGCUGAAAGAGGGCGGCUCGGUAUCAGGCCACUGGUACAGGGAGGAGAGGUGGGAGGCUGAGAAGUGCGCCAUGCCGGAGGACGCGUACCGCGACCCCACCGUCGUCUUUAUGGGCAGCUGCGGAGGACUCUCCGAGGAGCAUCGAACCAAUCGUUCGCUACAGCCGCCUGCGAUGCCGGCCAAGCUGGUGCCCGCCACAGCGGCAUCGCGGAUCGACGGCCCAACACCGUCGCCGAACCUGAAAAUUGCGGUUGCCGUAGCAAGUCCUGUGGUAUGUGCGUCUUACUGCAGCUCCCUCAUGGGUCUCGCCGGCAAGAGCUUCGAGAUGGACCUUGGCGAGGAUGCCACCUUGGCACGCGGAGGUGCCUCCCGGACGAUCUGCACACACCCUGCCUUUGAUACCGCUGUCGCCGUCGGUGCUUCAGGCGACUUGACAGAGUCACUGAACCGGCGGAUCGACCGACAGCGAAGUGUCGUUCAUGCCGCAUUUGCCUCCUCCGGCUUGCGAGCCGUGGCGGCCUUUCUCAUCUUCUUCAAUGUGCUCGUGCAACCCCACAACGCGGCGACGCUGUGGUUCGGCAUCUUUGCAGUUGCCUGGGAGGUGGUAUUUGCGGCAGUCGUGCACUUCUCUUGCCAGCCUGACGGCUGGCGCAUGCGACGCCUUCGCAGCGCGGUGGAGCAGCUGCGCGUUAAAGAGUUUUGCGCAAAAAGUAGGACCACCGCCGCCGGGCCUCAGUGCGUCGUGAUCCACGGCGCCGGGUCGCACGAGGACGCCGAUAGCGUCCCCUUGAGCGUGCAGCCACUGCAUCAUCUCGGCUGCUCCAGCGCAGUGGAGUGGCAGAACGACGCCUUCGACCUCAACGAGGACUUAUCGCCGACGAGCCGCGUUCCGAAGAGGAGCAUGGCAUGCGUCUUGUGCGGGGUCCGUCUGAUCGCUGCAAUCGUGCUCAAGCUGUUUAUUAUCAGUGCCAUGAGUUUUGUCUUUGCUCUUCUCUUCGGAUUGCGUGCGACUCGGGCGAUGGCAGGCAUUUGCAGCGUUUAUGAACCGACAGCUGGUCUCCUGCUGUUGCUAGCGUAUGGUUGUAUCUGCGUGGCGCGGGGGCUGUGGGACGAGACAAAGCUGGACGCCGCUCUCGACAGCGCAUGA